CCUUUUUGCGCUCUUCUUCGGAUUAACGUUGAGAAUUUGAAUUUUUCACUACCAAAUUCUUCGAUUCAUACUUAUAACGGAGGUUGUGGAAGAAUUUGGUUUCAGAACGGGAAAUUAACCGGUGUUCGUGGGUUUUAUCACUUGUCAGAUUUUCUGGAGGAUUUUGUAGCCACUGAUCUGUCAUCAUGAAGUUCUUGGAGUAUACUAAUCUGGACAGACUGAACGAAUUCAUGGGUCAUUUGAAUCUCGGAGAAAGAACUAUCAAAGGAUGCUUGGAAGCUUACUCUUGCAAACACACGGGGACUGAUAAAAGACUGUCUCUUAGUUUGGAGAAUGAGAUACUUGAUUAUCUUGGGAAAUCUUCAGAUACAGACUCUUCAUCUCCUGUUGAGUUUCUCUUGAGCAGAUCAAGCCGAAAGGCAUUGAUCUACCUGGUUCUUACACUGUACCAGAUGUAUCCGGACUACGAUUUCAGCACCGUCAAGGCACACCAGUUCUUCUCCGAGGAAAGUUGGGACUCGUUUAAGCAGAUUUUUGAUGCCUAUAUGUUUGAAGCUUCGAAGGAAUGGGUGGAGAGAAAUGAAGAGGGUUCCCUUCUUGAGGCUCUCUACAAGGCUCUGGAUGAGGUUGUCAAGUUAGCCGAAUGCGAGAUAUAUGUAUACAACCCUGAUCCCGAUGCCAAUCCUUUCCUCGAGAAAGGAGCAAUAUGGUCUUUCAGUUUCUUCUUCUACAACAGAAAACAGAAGCGCGUAGUGAGUUUUCGCUUCUGCUGCAUAAGUAAUCUGGCAGAUGAAGGAUUUCUUACUGACACCAUAGCUCAAGCAGACGAUGAGGAGAUAUUCAAUGACAUGGACAUAUGAUCCAAGUUUCCCGAAUGGUAGCUGUACAAUUUGUACAAAAUCUGUAUAUCAUCGGUGUUAUGUUCUCUAGGCGUCGUGUCUGAAUCCAAGGGUAAGCUUUCUCACUUUCCUUAAAUCUGUGUAGCUCUGACCUGACUUAUGCGUUAUAGGACUUACGUUGUCAAGUGUAGAAGCGUGUCCAGGGUUUGUCAUAGUCCACUGUCCUUGGUUUCGAUCUGAAGAUACAGAUGUUGAGAUCUAUAAUCUCUCUUUCAAUUC